AUGGGGAAAGGGACAAUGUGUUCCGGAAUAGCAACAGGGGAUUGCGCGUCCUUUCUGAGUCAGCUGGGGACUCAUGAAAGUAACUCCGUGAUUGGUUAA